AGGCGUAAAUGGCAUCUCAAUCCUGUGCGAGAAUUUAUACUCAGGCCCUAACUCUCUCUCUCCCUUGCCUUUACUCAUUCCCGCUCCUCUGUUCUCGCUUUCCCCAGUCGCCACUUCCACAAUUCUACAAUUUACUCCUGCUGCCAUGACUACCACUGUCGCUGCUAACACCGAGCUAUCUCGCGCUCUUGCAGCGUCGACAAUAUCCUCUUCUGUCAGACUCAAAUUCAAACCCGCGCGACACUCUUCGAUGAACCGCUUAUCCUAUAGGUUUCCGCUUUUAUCCGUGUCUGCCGCAGCCAAAAGCAGCAUAGUUUCGAUGUCGAAGGAAGGUGACAGUAAAAGCGGAGAUGGGUCGGGAGGGCUCACUUAUAAGGAUACGGGUGUUGAUAUAGAUGCUGGGUCUGAGCUUGUUAAAAGAAUUGCAAAGAUGGCCCCUGGUAUUGGAGGCUUUGGGGGUCUUUACCCUCUUGGUGAUUCAUACCUUGUUGCCGGCACAGAUGGUGUAGGAACUAAACUUAAACUUGCAUUUGAAACUGGAAUCCAUGACACCAUUGGGAUUGACCUGGUUGCAAUGAGUGUCAAUGAUAUCGUUACUUCUGGUGCAAAACCACUGUUUUUCCUUGAUUACUUUGCUACAAGCCACCUUGAUCUGGACCUUGCUGAAAAGGUUAUAAAGGGCAUUGUUGAUGGUUGCCAACAAUCUGACUGCACUCUUUUAGGGGGAGAGACUGCAGAGAUGCCAGAUUUUUAUGCAGACGGUGAGUAUGAUCUUAGUGGUUUUGCAGUUGGCAUUGUUAAGAAGGAUUCAGUAAUUGAUGGGAAAAACAUCGUGGCUGGGGAUGUCAUCAUUGGUUUGCCAUCUAAUGGAGUACAUUCUAAUGGCUUCUCCCUUGUAAGAAGGGUUCUGGCUCGAAGUGGUCUUUCUUUGAAUGACCAACUUCCUGGUGAAGGCAUUGCAGUAGGGGAGGCUCUUAUGGCCCCAACUGUGAUAUAUGUCAAGCAGGUUCUUGACUUGAUUAACAAAGGAGGUGUAAAGGGUAUAGCCCACAUCACGGGAGGUGGUUUUACAGAUAAUAUACCGCGAGUGUUCCCUAAAGGCCUUGGAGCUGUCAUUCAUAAGAACUCUUGGGAAGUGCCAGCAGUCUUCAAAUGGAUACAAGAGGUUGGAAAAAUAGAAGAUGCUGAGAUGAGGCGGACUUUCAACAUGGGCAUUGGCAUGGUUCUAAUCGUUAAUGAGGAUGCUUCCCGCAAAGUACUCGAGGAUGGACAUUGUAAAGCAUAUCAGAUUGGUGAAGUUGUAAGCAGUGAAGGAGUGAGCUAUCAAUAAAACUUGCAAUCUUGACAUCUUAGAACGUGUUGCCUAAGAAGAUGAAUAGGCCUGAGUUGUGGAAUAUUGUAUCCUGGUUUUGAUCUAUAGAUUUUUUUCCCCUCACAGUUUCUCAUUGUACCACAACUUUGUAAUAUUGCCAAAGGGGUAAACUUUUUGGUCCAGAUUUAGAAAACUUGUUAGCCUAAGCUUUAUAAUAUGGUUAGUCCAGUUUCAGUUCCUUAGAA